GCGCGCGCGCACACGCACGCACACAGGACCUCAAUACCGGCAGAGAGCGGCACACAGGCACCAUUCAGCACCACUGCUCUCACAACCACAGUAACAACAGCAUCGCAACCACUCACACUGCAGCAAAAGCCAAACUAGACUUGAAUACACCGUGGUACGACACGCAGAUAACCGGUUAAAUAAAACUAUACGUAUCGAGUUUUUUCAGUUCUUGUAAAGGAACGGCAACGGAAUACAUUUACGGUUUUUUUUAUUUCACGGAAAUUCAAAAGAGAAAAUUGUAAGUGGUACCCUGGGACAGCUGGUAGUUUCUAAGGAACACAUCCUAAAGAAAACCCGUCUCUCCUCCAAAACGGACAACCAGGCUACCGAUUUAGCCUACUGCACCAGAUAUUCACUAAGCACCACCCUAACCAGCUUCAACCACGGCUGCCGAAAUGGAAGAGAUGGACCUGCCCCAGAUGCAGAAGGAGGUGGAAAGCCUCAAAUACCAGCUGGCCUUCAAAAGGGAGAAAUCCUCCAAAACAGUCACUGACCUGGUGAAAUGGAUUGAGGACGGGGUGCCAGAGGAUCCCUUUCUGAACCCCGAGCUGAUGAAGAACAACCCCUGGGUGGAAAAGGGCAAGUGUGCCAUCCUUUAACAGAAUGGCCUUGUCAGAGCAGCACUGCCCCUCCCCCUCCACCCCUGCUCCGACACUGUGCUGCACCCCCAUCGCAGGACAGCGCCCCCUUCUCUCACUGCGAAUGUACAACAUCUGACAUUGACAUGAAACAACACCAAGACAAAUCACGCUGACUCAUAAUCAUUGUAUAGCCAUUGCAAGAAUUGGAAAAUGAGACUCCUUUUAUGAUAUACUUAUGUCUAUAUAUGCAGAUCAUAGUUUUAUCCUCAAUUCUACUUUGUUGUUGUCGCUGCUGCUUGCGCAUUUUAAAAUUUAUAGCGGCGACUCCACACUGCCAGUGAUGGGUGUUUGUUUUCCCGCAGCCAGAUGCACGUGACGUGAUGACAUAUAGCAUAUUCACUGAAACACGGAUUUGUGUGCAAGUAUCAACGCGUUUUAAGUUUUAGACUUAUUUAUUUAUUUAUUUAUUUAUAGACUGACGAACCACUUAAGUCCUUUGGGCUCUGUCUGAUUUCAAUGUUACUGUAAAACCUUCUGUUUUGACCUCCGCUCCGUCCCUCGUUUGGAAAAAGUUAACUUAUUUUUUGCCAUUUCACCAUCAAAUACUGCCUUGUACACUGGUUCCUUAAAGAGAAUGUAUAUGUACUGCUGGAGGUUAGACAGCUGUUAGCAAGCUCUGCACUGUCUUGUGUGUGUGGGGUAGUGGCAGUAGUUGCACACCGGCUAUACCUAGGGUCGAGAUGUUCAACAGCACAACCUGUCCACUGCUGACACUUCAGAAGAAAGGCAAGACUAUGGUUUUAACUCUUGUUUGUUAUAAAACUGUCUAUCUAGCUAUGUAUAACUUGAUAACUUGUAAGAGUGCUUUGAGAAAUUAUGCAUAAGAUCAAGUACUAGUUCAAUGAUGAUGAGCAAUAAAUGACAAUUUUUUAUUGAAUGUUUUACAAAAACGUUUGUCAUAUUGAAUAAAGUAGAGGAUUUUUAGACA